AAAUAAUGGGGUCAUUGACACAAUAUACUAUUCUUAAAUCACUAUAUAAAAUAAUGCAUGAAUAUGUGAAUUAUUAUAAUUGAAUAUCUUACAUUAAAAUGAAAGUGACGCCAAUUAUCUUCACUGUAUUUUGUAUUGUAGGUGCUAUGACAUUGAUCAAAGCUACAACGUUAGAGCAUGUACCUCACCCGAGUGAAAAAGACAUGGAAUUAGUGUAUAUUGAUGAAGAAUAUCAAAAAGAAGGUGGACUGAGAUCAAUAUGCAACGAACUAAAAAAAUCCUUCCAAAAAGGGCGACACCACAUAUAUAAAGUUAUUGAUAAAUAUAUAAGGAAGGAUGAUUUAGGCUUAAAAAUGUUAGAAGUUUCCAAAAUCCUUGGAAAACGCAUUGAAAGACGUAUGAAAUACAUAUCGAUGCAACUCGAUAAGAUGAUGGACUAUGAAUCAUCUUAGGUAUAUUUCAUAACACGAUGGUUAGUAAUGUUGUGGAUUUCAGAAAUUGUUUUUCCUGCUUUUUGUUUACCACUUUCUUAACGAAUUUGAGCAAAUAAUAAAAAUUAAUCAAAACGCUUUA